CGGAACGCAUAUUAUUGUACGUCUUGUGUAUACUAGGCAAAGUGAUAUUGAAUCUUACAGAGAGAAUCCUUGUAACAAGAAUUAGAAUCAAGGUAAGGAAGGCUAACUGCUCUAAAGUCUUAUAACACAGAAGGGCUUACAAGUUUCUUCUCUUAGUUUCGUGCUGAAGAAAUAGCCACAGUUAAAAUCGAUGAGGGAACGGAUGGCCGAAAUGAAUGGAUCCAUGAAAUGAUUACAACAUUUUUCGAGACAGAAUGGAAGUUACAUGGUCAAGAAGCCUCUCCUUAUUCACAAAGUGCUUGGGAUGAGAUUGAACCUGGUCACUACGAAUAUCCGUUCGCAUUAAAGUUUCCCAACGUGAAUUAUCCACCAUCCAUGGAAGAACCUGCUGGAUUUGGGAUUCGAUAUAUUUGGACAGCACAGGCCGACGGCCCAGCACUUCAAUCUGGAUUGAAAAGUAGAGAAUAUAUUACACCUUACAGGCCUGUCAUUGUGUCUAUUGCAGACAAGGAGUGGGUUUACAAGACAACGUUGAUGAAGGAUAAAAAGCAGGCAUUAGCAGAAGUACAAGCCAAACUAUAUAAACAGACAUACUGUCCAGAUGAACCUUUCAAGAUGCAGCUGAACAUGAUGACUUUACAAUCUGAUGCAAAAAUUAUUAACGUAAGCUAUCGUUUCCGCAAACAUCAUGAGGGAAAGAUGCUAGUUCAACAAGGAACAGCGUUCCAGGAGAGUAUUCGAACGGUGCUGGAUGGUACAGUGACGCUUAAUAUGAAUGAUCUGACACAAUUAUCGGAGACUAUUCAAUUUGAUGUUCCUACACGACUUGUAUCACCUUCAUUCAUAUCACGUCAUACUCGUGUCCACUAUGAUUUAUUUUUCCAAGUAACCAUUGAACAAGGCCACAUUUUCAAGACAAAUAACAUUACCGAAUUUUCUAUCCCGAUCACCAUUGCCAAUUUACCGUUUGACCAAUUAUUACGUAUUCCUGAAUUAACAUCUAUCCAAUUCUAUCGUAAUUCUCAAGAAUGUCCAUUGUUCUUUGAUCCAAACUUGGAAGAACCACCUGCACCUCAAGGUCUACCGAGUGAACUAGUGGGUCCUCUUACAGCUGCUCUCAUGAGUCCCAAUUCAUCCAAUGAAGAGCAACCACCCAGUUACUUUAGUUUACCGGAACUACCUCCACAAUUUGAAUUAAGAAAAGAGAGAAAGGAACGGACUGUGUAUAUGACGAGACUUGCAAGAGGAGGUUAUCGUGCUUUAGAACUGGGUGAUGCCACCAUCAUCCCUGGCUUAUAUGAUGAGGAUUGGUAAAAUAAUAAUAAUAUAAUGAUCGUGUUACUGAAAUGUAUAAAUUUUUUUUUUCUUGUUUUUAAUAAAUAAUCACAUAAUAAUAAAUAGAAUCCAUGAUUUUUUUUCUUUCUUUUUUUUUUUUUUUUUUUUAAUUACACAUUAUUGCCAUCCCCAGACUUCCUUGACCCAUUGUCCUAAAUCCAUGUGAACAUGUUCCCAUUUGGUGAUAAAAGGAUGUUGU